UUUUCUCAAUGUGGAGUUGGCUCCGCAGAGUUUCUCGAUGUACUCCGCGUGAGAAACGUCCCCGGGGCUUUUAAAAUUUUGGGUUAUACAAUUCAUAAAAUCUUAGACUCAAAUAUGGAGGGGGAUAUAAACAAAGAACUUCUUGGUUUUUGUUUUUUAAUAAAUAUAAUUUUAAUUUAAAAAAUUUUUAUUUUCAAAUUAAUGUUUUUUUCUAUUAUUUUAUACGUUUUUUAAAUUUAAAAUUCAUUUUUAUAUAAUUAUUUUAGUUAUUUUAUUUUAAAUGUCAUCAACAGGUGCUCGUGCCGUUGGUACAGAUGGAACAGAUUUUAAACAUCGUCAACGGGUUGCAGCUUCAAUUAAAUUGAGUGUUCAAUACAAAUUUUAUUUGAAAUUGCUUUUUGCUCUUCACUUUUUAAUUCUUCUACCGUUAUGGGCAAAAGUUGGUGGUGAAUUAAUUUUUGAUCAAUUUAAAUUAAUGAAACAACCAAAACUUUGGAGAAGAUUGGAUCUUCCAAAUGCUUAUCCUUGGGAAUAUAUUUGGUGCCUAUCUUUUAUUCCAAUUAUUUUGGCAAUUCCUUCAUUUCAGAAAAAUAGGCUUCUUUUGCUCAAACUUAGUUAUUAUUCACAAUUUUUGUUUGGAAUAACACCCUGCGCAAUAGGCUUGGGCAGCCAAUUUCCUGAAUUAAUAGACUAUAUUCGUUUUGGAGAGCAAAGUAAAGUGCCAACAUUUAGUGGAAGUUUUCCAAUGAUUCAAGGAUUUUCAAUGUAUUUCACUUUUAAUUUGUUAAAUGCUUGGAGAAGGGAUCCAGUAAUUUUAAAACAAUCAGCAGACAAAACACAAAAUAUUGACAAAAAAGAUGAAUAG